AUGUUAGUUCUAGGGUGUAUUGUUUUAUUCGUGACACUAUGUCAAGCUCAACUGAGGACCAAUUGGGGAACAGAUUGGCAAAGGCGCUUGUUGAUACAGAAUCCUCCACGUAUAUCUCAACGUCAAUCAUCUCUACAACCAAACCCUGAUAUCCCUCCUGCUAACUUGUGUCCAGCUAAUUACGAUGGUUUUGUCGCUGCUCCCGGAGGAAAUUGUACUCGAUUUGUAAAAUGUGGCAUACCCGGUCAUGGCAGUGCCUAUUUCAAUUGUCCAGAUGGUACUUUGUACAGUCAGGAUUUCCGCAGCUGUAUUCAGUCUGAUCUGGUUGAUUGUCUUAAUGGUGUGGGGAGUCCGAGAAGUGGAAUCAUUAAUACCAGUUGGCAGACACAACUGGUUAAUAAUCAACAAACAACCAAUAUUAAUACCAACCAGAAUAGAAAUAAUCGCCUUUUAACUGGUUCAAACAGGAAUAAUGGUCUUUUAACCGGUCUGAAUAGAAAUAAUGCAGUAAAUACGGGUUGGAAUAGAAACAACAGAGUGAAUACAGGUUUAAAUGGGUCCAACACUCGUUUAAAUAGAAAUAAUAGAGUAAAUAACGCCUUGAAUAAUGCCAAUAGAAAUACUGUUAACAACAACCGCAGAAUCACCGUGGAGCUACCAUUAUUUAGCAACAGUAGACAAAUACUAGGUACAGCAGAAUGUAACACCAUACAGAACAGACUGAAUUCAGCUUUACCAGAAAUGGUGCGAUCUUAUUCCGAUUCGUGUAAAGAUGUUGCAUGUUUAAAUAAUUUACCAACUUUUCGUGUCCGGUGUUCUCAGUUGACCAGAUCCACCAAUUUAUUCACCGGAUAG